GAUAUAACCAUAUAAAUUGUCGAUGCUCCAUUGCUUGAAAGUUGUCUCUUGCUGCACUGGGAGCAAACAGGUGAAUACAGGUAAACGAUGACAGAGUGGCAUUGAUUCACGCGCCCACGGCCCUUCUGUCCAACUUAGUGAAACACUCCACAAGCUGCAGAAUAUCCUGGAAACUAACAGCGCUUUUGAGCAAACAGUGAAACCACUUGCUUGGUCACAUGGUGGCAGAGUGACACACCUGCGUGGAGCCGUGAGGGCCCCUGCAGUUGCGCCACAGACAGGUAGAUCAGAAGAUCCACGCGCAGUAACAUUGCAGGAUAAGUAGCCUAGAGGUGCAUGUGCGGAUCCUGUGAAGAAGCCAUGAAUCGGGAAGAUCAUUUUUACCCCUCCCAGGUUUUUAAAGACUCCUGCGCCUUCCAGCGAACCCACCAAGGGGAGGAUUACAGCCACAGCCCGCCGCCUUGCCUCUACAUGAGCCGGCAGGGUCAAUCCGUCUACACUCCGUCCGCCAUGGGAGCCCUGGAGCCGGCCAACCUCCCAGACAUCACCACUUCUUCUUACGGUCUACCUAUGAGGGAUGAAGCAGGUGUGCCUCAGCUCCACCAUUCUCACAGUCUCCAACAGCAGCACCCUUCACCUGCUGCAGGAUAUGGAGACACGGGGGAGCAGAGCAGAUAUCACCUCCCUUUCCCCUGGAUGAAAAGCACCAAAUCUCACUCACACACCUGGAAGGGACAGUGGGCAGGUAACCCCUCAGAACACCGGAUCGCCAUUAUUUAGCUAUACUACGACUAUUACAGGAAACAAACGAUUGAAAAACAGAGAUUUUAUUUUACACCAGCCUCUUGAAGGCCUCUAAUGAUAUGAUCCCUACAGAUUCACCCUGGUAAUCGUAACUUUGACGUUAUUACGCAAUGAAAUAAAUAGUAGGCCGCUGGAGCACGCAAAUCCAGCACAGUAGUUUUACUUAUCUGGACUUACUGUCUUUUUGUAUUGAUAGUUUGAAGAUUUGCGCUUCAAUGCAGUUUCAGUAAUAGCACUGGAUGAUUUAUUUUCUCUUUCACUUGUGGGCUCAUUGUUUAGACGAUAGCGUUGGAUCAAGAUCAUGUUAAGUGAAUUUUGCCUUUGGGAAAUAGGUCCAAUGCUCUUCUCCCAAAAUGGUGGACGGAUAAAUAGACCAAUUUAUAAAGUUUCGCUGGAAAGAUUGAAAACAAUUAACAAUAGGGCAUUCUUCUUUGUGGGGCACGCAGAUAUUUUCAUUAAAACAUACAAGAAAAAGACAUUUCAAUUAGGCUGCAUAAUUAUCUAAGUGUAUUUACAGGCUUUGUAACAGUGGGCCCUACAUUUAUGAAAGAACAGGAGGACAUGGAUACACUUUAUCAAAGUCUUUUUAUGCAUAAGAAGAAAAAUAGUCUAUUUUAAUCUAAAAUAACUAUGAUCAAAUGAUUGGCUGUGACUGAUAUAAAAUAGGCUAUGGCCGAAGUGUGUUUAUAUCAGACAUAUAUCUUAUUUAAAUCUGCAUCAAUAGUUACUAAAUCACAGUUUUAGUAAGACAAACAGUUCAGUGUCACAUAGUCUCCUCUGCUAACUUUCGUUUUAAAUGUGUAGAUUUUAUAUAUGAUGUAUAUUUUUGUUCCAACAGGGAAUCUAUACACACUCUGUCUUUUUCACAUUACUGUGUCCUAUAGGAAAACUCGCACCAUGUAACCUUUUAAAGCAGUCCCUCAAACAGCAUGGAGAUGAUCUUUAUGAGAAAGCAAAACGACAAAAAAUAGAUAACCAGAAUUCAGCAGAAAAAUUCAGUCUCUUUAAAACGUUACAACCACCGAAAAUUGCACUACACCGAAUUUGUGUUUUUAAAUAACAUCAGAACAUGCCGUUUCAUUUCGCCAAAACAACCCGUGGCACCUUAACUCCAAUGGGGAAAAGGCUAUUUUGGUAAUAGAUUUUGUUCAAAGUGGAUAUCAAUAGAGUUAUCAAUAUUUUAUAAAUUUUACAACAACUUUAAGUUUUUAUAUCAUUUUUUUGUCCUGGUUGAUCAUUUUUCCAUCUGAAAGGAAACUAAAGGUUCUUUGUUUCUGUCCCAGGACCGUACGUGAUGGCUGAGGCUGAGGAAAACAAACGCACCCGGACAGCUUACACGCGCGCGCAGCUCCUCGAGCUCGAAAAGGAGUUCUUGUUCAAUCGCUACAUCUCGAGGCCACGGCGCGUGGAGCUCGCGCUGACCCUGAGCCUCACUGAGAGACACAUCAAGAUCUGGUUUCAGAACCGGCGCAUGAAGUGGAAGAAGGAGGAGGACCGGAGGAGGGCGAGGGGGGCCGACCCAGACCAGGACUCCUCCAUAACCUCUGGGGACCAGGGAGAAGCAGCAGCAGCAGCAGGCGGGGUCUCCUCCACUAACGGGCCUCACACCACCUCACCCCCUGUCUCCCCUCUGAACCGUCACUCUCUGUCUGCUCCAGGACCCAGAGAGCCUGCAUAGACCUACAGUGGGCGGCCUCGAGACAGGGACUAAACCUCAUUUCACAGGGUUGUUCAGGAUUAUCAAGAGGCAGCGAAACCCAAGCAAGGGUGAGACUAUGGCGCAAACAUUUUAAGGACUCUCUCGAAUUUAAAGAGCUAUUUUUGUCUGCUAUUUUG